UUCCCGGGCCUGCGAGCGGCGGCGCUAGGCCACGCUGGGCUCCCCGGUCUCCCUUUCAUUUUUUUUUUCUCUUUCCCGCGGCCCGCGAUUCUUCCCGCGGCCGCUGCGCAUCGGCGGCUCCGCGACAUCCAGGCGAGCGGCUGGCAGAGCGCGGCGCGCGAGCGCGCUCCGCUCCCUCCUCGAAACCCUUUUCUUCCCCUACUGCCCGAUUUUGGGGAAGAGCCGUGCCUUUGGCGCCGCAGCCUGCGGCUCGCUCGCUGCAAAGAGCGCGGUCCCCCGCUGCUAAGCCACGCGCGCCACAAACCCGGGAAAGCGAGCAAGCGACGACUCCGGUUCCUCGUGCCACAACACGAAGGAGCAGCGGAAGGAGCGAGCGCCAGCACCCUCUGCGUGCAACUACUGCACGGUUUCUGCCGGCGGAUAUAUAGCUGCACACUUUCAUGCUCCACUCGUGGCCGGCGUCGCCGGGCUGCUGCGGGCUCUGACGGCGCCGGUGGUUGACCACGCAUUGACGACGCCGACUGCUGCGUCGCCAUGCCGUUCAGCAUCCGGCGGCUGACGCUGCAGCGCAGCCUGUCCGGCGGCGAGCGGCCCAAGAGCGAACCACCGGGGGGCCGGGCGGCCAUCAAGAAGUCCGCCUCGCAGGACGAGGCCCGCGCAGCCAGGGCGCUCCCUUCGUCGCGCUCCGCCGACCAGGGGGACCUCAGGCGGCUGCAGGCGCUCGGCCAGGCGCCUUCCCCGGUACAGGGAUCGCCGCUGCAACACCACGAGCCGGCUCAGCCGCAGCAGCAGCCUCCCGAGCCGCCUGCCCGCAACUGGUCCCCACAGCUUACAUCAGGCGGCGGUGGCCGCUACCCGACGCGGGCGGUGAGUGUCGACCGUGCCACUUCGUCGUCGUCUUCGUCGCUGCUAUCCCGGUGGCGGCAGGUGGGCCGAUCCAAGAGCGCCAGCAUCUCCGAGCCCCGCGAGUACCCCCUAGACGACGGCAACGCCAAGCCCACGCCGCCGCCGCGACCUCCCCGGUCGGCCGCAUCCAGGCUGUCCGCAGCGGGCGGCAAAGGUCCGGCCGACUGGUCAGGCGGUGGCGGUGGCGGCGUGGUCGCCGGCCACACGGUGCGCAGGCCCGUGCCCAGGAGGCAACACUCGCUGCCGGAGACGCAGGAGCAGCAGCUGCAGCGCUCCAUCAUGGAGCUACAGAGCCACCUGGGCGCACCCGUGGGUGGCGGCGGCGGCGGGCGCAUGGUGGGCCCGCCCAUGUACCAGCCACCGGCGAGCGUCUACGACGAGGACCCGGGCAUCAUGUCCGAGGUGGAGACCUCGGCCACGGGCCUGCGCCGGGCCACCAAGGCCCGCGCCAGCCUGCCCGUCAUCCGCACGCCGUCCAAGACGCAGGAGCGGCCACUCGGCCUGGUGUUUCUUCAGUACCGGAGCGAGACGAAGCGGGCCUUGCUGCCGAACGAGAUCACGUCGAUCGACACGGUGAAGGCACUGUUCGUGCGAUCCUUCCCAAAGCAGCUCACCAUGGAGUAUCUCGAUUCACCGCACAUACGCAUUUACAUACACGACCCCUCCAAGGAUAUGUUUUACGAGCUCGAGGACCUCAGGGACAUCCGAGAUCGAUCAGUGAUACGCAUAUACGAGCAAGAUGUCAACGACGGGGGUGUCUACAGCACGUACGACCAGGAUAUGAGCUACUUUUCGGAGCCAGAGUUCGACUCGGAAUACCAGAACCAACACAUCCACAGGGCCAAGGGGGGCAAGUCUCAAGGAGCGGGCUACUAUGGAGUACCGGCCUAUCCACCACAAGGCCGAACCCAGACACUUCCGCAUGGUGCAACCAUUCGCCCCUUCUCACCCGCCCCACAGGAGAGGCCCAAGCCAAGCCCAGGCUACUCGCAAACCCUUCCCCGUGGAAUGACCUACUCGUCGGUGGCGCUGAGUCCGGAAAAGAGGCAGCCUGGCCUGCUUGUAACCGCCGCUGGCCCGCUUGGAGCGGCGCCGGCCAAGCCGCAGCGGUUCUACGGACAGCCACCGCCGCCCCUGCGGGUCGCCUCUCCCCUCACCUCCCCGAGGUCCCCUCUGCCGAGGCCAGUGCCCCCGCCGCCGCGCGCCCUGUCUCCGGACAGGGGCGGCGGUGGCCUGCUGGCCGAGGCCGGCUACCCGCCGGUGGUGGGCGCGCCCUUCCCGGCGGCUGGGGCACCGCCCGGCCCGUACCCACCGCCCACGUCCCCGCGCCGCUACGACCUGGCCGGCUACCCUCCGGCCGACGACCGGGGCCGGGGGGGCGAUCCGGGAUACUCACCCGAGCACAGGCUGGACCACACACGCUCCUUGCCGGCGACCUUCAACUCAGCCUACGAGGAGCCCUUCUACGGCGGGGACGCCGCGGCCGCUUAUGGCUCGCGCUCGGGCAGCGCCACACCCAUCAUCGACGAAGAAGCACGGAUGCGUGUGGAAUACAUGGAACGCCAGCUUGCAAGUCUGACUGGGCUGGUACACAAGGCCCUGGCUGCAGGAACUUCUCCACGGCAGCCAAGCCACCUGAUCCCUACCAGGGACACGGACGUGGCUCCCGAGAAGGACAGGUCGGAUGACGUUCGGCUGCCAGAAUAUGAUGUGCAGAAGCACCCCUUCAAAGAGGAGAAGUCAGUGUCGUUCUCAGACGAGACCCUGGACUGCCACAAACAAAGGCAGCACUCGCCUCAGCCAGCAGCAGAGAAACCGACGAAGCCUGCAAUCAAGGGCCUGCGAUCACACUCCAUAUCAGAUGACUACUCUGGAGUGACGUCUGCAAUUCCAGACAAAGAUGGUCGACCUUCAAAGCCAGCUCCGCCACCCAAGCCGGCCUCUCUGAGCUGUGCUCUUGAGUCACGGCAGCAUUCCUCAUCUCCAGCAAAAGAGAUUCAUUUCAAUGCGGAAGCGUGCUCCCAGCUGCAGCUGCUGAGAAAGCAGACCAAGGACCUGCGGUUGGAAGUACGCAACCUGAGGCGGAUGACGCAGAGUCAAGCUGUCACCGCCAGAGAAAUGAUUCGGGAGACGUGUCUCAAGAUCAAGGUGAUGCUGGCUGCCGUUCAAGUGGGCGAAGACCAGGUUUGUGCAGAACGACUUCGGGUGUCUAGAGAAGAAGACCUCUACAGACAAGAUGUGACACGGCUGGAGAAGGACCUGUCUGACUUGGAGAGUCAAGUGGAGGAGCUCAGGGGCAACGUGAUCAACCGUAGGUGCCGAGUGAACAUGAGCAACGUGGAAAGCAUGGCUCUAGUUCUCAGCAGGGCCAGCAAAACAGUAGCAGACCUGAAAGCGCGGUUUCCAAAUCUACAAGAAAGCUUGAAAUCAGUCAUGGGAGCAGAAAUGGAAGUUGUUGUUAGAGAAGAAAAAUUUCUCAAGGAAGAGCCAGAAAGGCUAGAAAAUGCACUUAGGAGGUGCAAGAAGCUCACUGGGACACUAGUUACCUUAAAAAGGUUGGCGUCAGUGCAAGAGCAGAGGCAUACAGGAGCUCACUCGCUCCCCGAGAAGGCAGCAUCAGCGGAUGGGCCAUACUCCGACGGCGAGGCACACACUGCUCGGACGUGCGACGCGGCGGGUGAGCCGGCCGGCGGCGCAGCGAGCGACAGCAGCAAGGGCAGCCCCGCAGCGCGCUCGGAGAACGCCCUGGACGCGCUGCUGGACGAGCUGCAGACCUUCUCCAAGCCGGCGGACAAGCGCGGUGGCGGCCGGCCGCAUUCGGCAGACUCGCCCGUCAGGGCCUCUUCUUCCGCGUCUGUGGGAAGUGGCAAGCCGCCCUCCGGCGCCACGGUCAUCGUCGUCGAUGGUCCGGGCGGCGGCGUCAGCAAGAAGACCCCGCCUCCACCUCCGCCGCGCACCACGAGCAAGUCACCCGUGACGUCGCCCACGGGCCCACAGCGGAGCCGCUCGGAGCCGGUGCGCACCAACGCGCUGGCCGCGGAGGACGCGAGCAGCAGCAGCAGCGGCAGCAGCGGUGGCCGGCGAGACCAGCUCUCGUCCAACAGCAGCAGCAGCGAGAGCGUCAACUCGCAAGAAGGCCUACAAGCACGCAGCCGACAGGAGCUGCUCGACUCGCGGCAUCAGGAGCUGCUGCGGAAACAGCGCCAGCUGCAAGAGCAGUACGCACGGCUGCAGCUCCUCCAGCGCCUAUCGCCGCCCAAACCGGACCUGAAGAAGACCGGCAGCGAGAGCAACAUCCUGCACAAGGCAUCACUCUCGCUGGGCAGCGCUGGCGGCGCGUCCGGUUCGCUCACCCACCUGGCGGUGCCGUCGUCGGCCCUGCGCACGGGCGCCAAGAUCUACGAGACGGAUAUACUGUAGUGACUGUACGGUAUGCACGCAUUGGCUUGGCUUAUUUGAGACGUGUGCGGCCCACCAUCUUGGGGGUCUCCCACCACGUGCUAGUCCCGGAGGUCUGACUCCACUGAUGUCCAGCGAAACGCCGUGGCCGCAGGUGCCAAAGGUGGUGUGCACAAGGAGGAAUCGCAGCGGGGAGAUUAUUGAACGCAGAGGUGACUGGAUUGUAUUGAAAUAACUGUAUUUAUUUGUCCAAUUUGUACUUAGGAUGUAGCAUAGAAUCUGCAUAUGAUUCUCAGUACUUGUGAGGAUAUUUAUAAUGCACCCAUGAUAACCUUCUGGCAAAUUUUAGUCGUUGGAAGUGUUCGGAAAAAAACAAGCAGGACUGGUGAACAGGCAAGGUUCCUUUACAUUUUUGUUAUAACUUGCUGUAGCUUGAACAAAGAGUUUUCUUUUGGAGGUUUCAAAAGUGUCAAAGGCGUUAAACAGAACAUGAGCUCUUUGGUAUCUUUCGCAUUUCCAAAAGAUUGGCCGAGUCUUGAGCCGUGACCUUAAUGAAGGGAAUCGAGAGGACAGCGUGCGGCUCCAUUUCGUGGCGUUUAUUUUCUCCUGUGCACUCCCAGCACCUGCGGCGAGGGUGAAGUGCAAUCGAAACACUUGGCUCGGCGCCUGGACAGGAAGCCUUGCAUCGCAAAAGGGCACGUGUGACAUGCCAGUCUGUUUGUACUGGACAGUAGACGCCUCAUGGUAGGGGUAAACAAGUGCAUGAGGAGUGUUGCAUGGGAAAGCACCUGUUAGGCUCUGACCCGGUGAACGCAGGACCAUGUGCAAUGCGCAAGUUGGGAUUGGAGGUGGGGAGAGGCUGACAUUGGCCACGUGACUGCGGACGUGGCUUUUAUCCGGGAGCGUUCGCCGUGCCUCUUCCAAGACAGCACUCGGCCAAAUAACUACGCGACACAGUUGUUUUUCGCGUUGAAGCAGCCACGCGGCCGGAACUGUCCGCGACGAGGCGGCCAAGUCCGCAUAUCGCGUGCUUUGUCUGGCGUUUUUUUAUUCUAUCUACAUGACAGUGGUCUUAGCAUGUCUAUUUCCUUCCCAGUUCACAAGGGCUGUGUGUGCAAUUGGCAGGGCGAGUGGUUUCAACCACUUCUUUAUUCUGUGGCAGAAGAGGGAUGAGUUGUGUGGUGGAAAAUGCCGAGGCUUCCAGGGUGGCGCUAUGUGCAUAUAAAAGUGUAGAGGAACCCUCAAUGCUGUUUGACGCUUACGCUGUCGAAGUUACACUGUCCUUUGAGCAGAUUUCAGUGAAUGCCAUGCGUGAAUUGUCUCGAGAGAGGAUGCUUGGAAAAAAAUGUGUGUAAUUUGUCGUGCAUAAUCACUGUUAGUCGCCGUAGUGCUCACACUUUUGCAGAAAAAAAAAGUUCUGUACACUUUUCUAUUCAUAAACUGCCUCUAACAGGCGGACAUAUUUGUUAUGGUGCCGGGUUGUUUGUUUGCCCAAUGUAUUCUGUAAAAGGAAGUUUUGCAGUGUGCCGCAAUAUCAGAACUUUCGUUGUGUUCACCACCUAUUAUAAAAGUCCUUGCAUUGCUUUCGCAUUCGGCAACCGCACCUUGCAAACUUGUCGAAGAGCCUUGAACCUAGCAGUUUCUCCCACAUUUUGACACUGUCAUUGUCUUCUUGAGAGCAUUUGAUUUAUUGCUGGAGACCACUGUGUAGGCAUUGUGGACAUAUGAGGCCAUUAAAUAUCUGGUAUAAGCCAGAUGGUGAAGUACACACCUUUGACGAGUACACCACGUUAGUAUUUCAUUAUCAAGGUUCUGUAACUUAUACUUUAUAUUGACAUGAUGUGCUAAGGCUUGCGACUUGUGGGUGAUGUAGUGCAAUUUUCCCCGCUUUAUUAACUUUGGAACACUGAAGAAUGUGACAUAUGUGCUACCUUGUAAUGAAAUACGCAAUUCACACUAUGAAAGCUGAUGAGUUCCUUGUAGAUUCGUUAAUAAGAUGCGUACAAAAGCUUUAAUCACCGAUUUGUGUGGCUGAAAAGGCAAGAAAAAAUGUUCUCUUUAAAGUUCAGUGAUAUUUUUCCUUUAUGUAAACAACUCUGAAACUGUAUUCAACGAAAUUUCCUCUAUAGCUUAAUAUUUUCAUCCAUGAUAUACAAAUGCUCUGCUGUUAAUAACUGGAACCUAAAAUCAGUAAGUGUAUAACCACCUUCCUGUUCUUGCGGUAUGAGUGUCAUUUUAGUCAUUGUCUGCUAUGAGCUGCUUAACUCAUUUGCACGUAGUUUGUUCUGACCAAAAAUGCUUGUUGGAAGCAUGUGUAUUACCACAAACUGUCAUGCUACAGGGGCAACUUUUUGUUAAUUUUGUUAUUUGAACAAAAAUGUAAUUCACAUAAUGUGACAGAAAAAAGACAGUCUUGCAGCUCCAAUUCAAUGGCUGUGUUAAACAGCUCCACUGCAAUGCAUUCAUUCACAUCAGUAAUCAGUAAUCAUAGUUAAGUGUAAGAAAUAUUUACAUAAGCAGUGCUCGAGGUCCACCUUCACUUGAAUGCCACUCUGCGCUGCGGAUGUUGAAGCACGUGUUUGGCGUAUUUUGGCGCGUCGAAAAUACUCAAAAAUUGUUGGUGUAGAACCAAUGUGUAUGAAAGAGUAAAAAGUGAUACCCUUCGAAAGAACUUCGAAAGCAACACGGCGAAUGGUGCAGGUAAUGGCACAAAGAGAUAAAAACAUGACCUGAAUUUUGUCGCGUUGUUUGAGCUGUUCAUCCUGUUCAACGAAAAUCAGGAAUCCGAGAUUUGAUCUUUUCUGUAGUUUAGAGAAAAUAUAGUUAGCUUAGAACAUGGCAAGGGCUUUUAGAAGUGGAACUUGAGCUGUGAUAUUGAAUAAAAGAAAAACAUUUCCCAUUCUCCAAAUGAUGCAGAACCAAUGUGAUUACACUGAAAAGAUUAGCACAUUAAAUCAUUCUAAAGCUCAGCGGGCAAAAUGUUAACAUUGCGCAUUAGCCCACAAACUACCAGCAAAGUCUUCAGCAUAAUAUGUUUUCAUUUUUGAAAAACGUGAAAUAUUGGGUGCUAUGGGGGAAAUAAUUUCCUGUGACAGAAUUAAUAUUUGCACAUACGUUCCUUGCAAUAACUUUGGGUACACAGCAAACUUACACAGCAAACUCCAAUGUAUGACAAAAAACGUGAAAAGUUAGGAGCACUAUUAUCCUUACUACUUCAUUUGUGGCUAUGGUGUGUUCACUCCAAUUCCAUACGAGGCCACUCGCUGUGGUGCACCAGGAUAAGGUACCACUUCCUGCCCCUAUUACUGCUGUGCUCUCAUUUGUGUAGCGUUUCCUCGUGGUCUGUACACCAUAACGUCAUGCCUGCAUAUGCGGCCGAGCAACUCCCUAAAUGAAAAAGAACAAAUGUAUUCAGAAAAACCCAUCUACACCAUCGUGUUUCCACAAGUACCUGCCUCACACCCUUACCCGUAUACAGUUUGCAUGAAUGUGCAUAGACUCCUUCGACUUUAGCUCCUCCAGAAGAAAAUAGUUGUUUUGAAAUUUUCCAUCCUACUAUAGCGCGUGUUGUUACAUGUUGAUACGCUGCCGACACGGUGGUGGCACCUUUGGCGCAUUGUGGAGCUGCGCCAGAGCCAUCGUCAUGCCACAAGGCAUGUUAUUAGAGAUGUCUGUUGGCUGUCUGCAAAGUUUCGCGCUUCAUGGAUUUGUAAGGGAUGACCAAGCGACGGAUCAAAUAUGUUGGUUGAAGCAGGAUACUCGUAAGCUCUCAUAAAUGUGCAUCUAGAACAGAAACCAUGCUAUUGAGGACUUGCAACAUUAUGUAUGAACUGGUACACUUUUCCACAAACACUUUUGGGUAUGUAAAUUUUAGUUUUCCCUCAUUAUUUAGCCAUCACUAACGACGUCUGAGCCGCUUGUGUCUAGUUUACUUAAUGAAUCAUUGCCAUUUAUCGGAUUCUACCUGGUACAAAAGUUCCCAGGUGAGAGAGCUCGCUGCCAUAUUGGAGAGAAAGGUGCGUGGCAAGUGCUUUGGUUGCUUGCCAGUGUGAUGGCUAUAGUAUACCAGCGCUAGGAAGAUUAGCACCAGCAUGCGGCACGCGUAGUCCAGCAGCAGAUCAUUUCUAUAACUUUUUUGAGAGGUACCUCACAUUUACAGUGCGUUGUUCUCCCCAUGAAGUCACUUUCUGUUUUUAUGUGCAGUCAAAUGUCAAAUCGAUAUGCAUACAAUGACGAGCGACGCUAUCAGCUUGUUUCGCCAACAUAGGUUAAGUAUCUGCGUGUUUUAUAUGCUAAUGUAUUUAUUCUGCUUUCCAACGCAUAAUUUCAUAACUAAAUGCAGUUUUUUUUUACUAUAGAAGCAGUUCUUUUCAUGGUCAUGCACAUGUUCAUUUGCCGAUAACGCAACAGUGAAAAACUUUAUAGACACGUUAAAUACAUCACUGCGUGGAGACGUGUUUCUUGAUGUGGGGAAAAUAGGUCAGCCUGCAGUGGUAUUUGUUUGACUUUAUGAAAGUGUUAGUUUGACCUGUUAAAUUAAGAGAGCCUAUAUAGAUCACUGUCACAUUUUAACACAUGUAUGCACCCUUGGCGACUUGCGAAGCAAGAACCGUGUUUUCAUUACGUGGUAUAAAUGAACAGUAUGCAUUAUUACAAGGCGAGGGUGAAGCCUCACCUUGUUCAAUCCGUCGUGUCCUUUUGCCGCCUCUUCAUUUCCAAAGUACCUGCGUGUUGACAUGCGUAGCAGGAUGUGUUAAAAAUUCUCCUCAGUAUAUUUAUUGCCCACCACCUACUUAAGGUGACUAUAUUUAGCCUUUUUGGUCACUACAGGGCUCUUUUCAAUGUUGAAGAUUUCAUACAAAGAGAGGUAAUGCUCUUUUUUCCAUCUGUUUCAUGAGCAUAUAUAUUGUUCUUAAGUUAUUCACUUGAGAUACACAUGGGCUUUAUUCCUGCACUGAUUGUGGCAUGGUCGUGGAGUUCCUUUGUUAACAUACAGAAGACUGUGGCAUCCAGGGUUUGAGGACAAUCUUAAGCAAUAAGUUAAAAAAAAAACUUAUUUUAAUGGUUGCAAAUGAAAUGUUUCGCUCAAAGCGCCUUUGCAUGCAUAUAUCAUUUUGAAGAAAUUGCGCAGAGCGUUUCUCACGUGGUGUCAUGCAUAUUCAGGUUUUCUACUGUGCGUGUAUUGUUUUUGAUUUGCUGAGUUCAUUAAAUUUAUGCGGUGCCGAAACUUCGUAAUUGUAAAGAGCAGUAAUGUCGCUGCAGUUUAAGCACAUUAGUCGACAAAAAAGGAAGGAAUGUGGAUUUUUCAAAGGAAAUAGAAUUCUUGCUUAACUGGAUAUGCAAGGUCCCAAUUCUAUUUAGGAGUGUUCAUUUCCUUAGCUUCAUAAACGGCGACAAGUAUUUCAUACGAGUACCAUUUACCUAGCUUUCUGUGUCAAACAUCUCUCUUGCUUAGAAGAUGUAGCCAAUUUUUUGACCAAGGUGUAAUGGUGAUGCGAUUGUAGUAUUCUCUGUGCGGUUACCAUUUGUUUUCCUUAAGCUACUUGUAGCUAUGCACAAAGCUUUCACUUGGAAAGGUUAAAAUUUGCAUACUUAUGCCUGUGUGUACAUACAUGUACUGUAGUGGAUUUUUCUCGUGUGUAUCUAGUUGACACAAUUUGCAGACGUCUUCUACUGCGGAGGAUGGGCCGCACUGAAGCGUUAUUUUUAGACUGAGAUGUAAUGAAAUGGGGUGUCAUUCGUAUGCCUAAACAAGUGGCGUUUCUAUUAUCUUACUCGUCUCAGGUGCUCUUUGACUUGUCAUAGUCACUACCAUAUUCAGUAUACAGUGUGGACUCGUGUGCUUUCUUUGAUAUUGAUUGAUCGCUGAUCACGGAGUAGGAUUGUAACAUAAGUCUGUCGUGAAUUUUGUCAAAAAUAAAAAGUUGUGUCUUGUUCA